ACGUUCUUUAAAGUAGAAUUUAAUAUUCAAAAAGAUAUUUUCAAAAAGGAUUACCUUGAACUCGUUUCAAAUAUUUGAUUUGUAAGAAGAUCAUAAUAUUUUGAAUAUACAGAGAGUUACUGAGGCUACAAUACGAAUGAUUGCGUAAAGGUCAGCGCAGAUAAGAAGGGACAAAGGGGAUAUAAAAGAGAAAUUCGAAUGCCGAUACGACAGUAUUUUUAGUAAGUCGAACCAUUUAAAUCUAAUCGUUUACUGAAAGAUGAAGACCAUCAUAUUGGUGUCACUUUUAAUGGCAAUAUGCUUGCUUUCGGAAGUGCGAGGAACUUGUAAAGGAUAUGGAGAUAAAGAUCUCAGUGUUGGAACACACUAUAUUAACUGCACUGACGUUUCAUGCCACCCAGAUGGAAGUAUAACGAUGAUUGGAUGUGCACCGUACCGAUGCCAAGAAGGAAAACAAAUCGGAUAUCGGCAAACGGAUUUAAGCAAACCUUAUCCGGAAUGCUGUGAAGGACCUAUUUGUGCGGAUUAAAGUUAAUAACUGAAACUAAUAAAUACUCGAUAUAAGAGAAAAAUGUUAAAGAAUGUUAUGUAUGGAUUAAUGAAAUUAAAUAAAUACAAAAUAUAAAUUGUAAAA